AUGAUAAUAGUUUUUUAUUUGUUAUAUAUUCUGUUGAAUUGCUAGUGUGCUUUUGAAAUAAUCAAUCAUUAGGAAAUAUUUGAAUAUAUAUUACGUAUGAAUGAACUUAGAAGCAAAAGAUACACAAGUCAAAUACAAUUGUUGUACGAUGAAUAAAUAUAUGAAUUAUAUGAAGAGAAUUUAGAAAAUUAAAUUAAAAGAAAUAAAGAGGUGAUGGAGAAGUCAUUUUUCAUGAUUGAAAAGUAUUACUUGCCUAAAAAGACUUGUUUGGAAGGAAUUUUAGAUUCAAUUCUAAUAAUGGAACCUUUAUUUCAUCAUAUUUAAUAUGAUAAAGAGACUUUGAACACAUAUUUUUAUUCAGUAGAUUAACUAAAUUUUAGAUCAAGUUGCUAUUAAGUUUUAUAGACUAUAACAGAUUAAGAUGUUGAAUUAAAGAGCAAAGAUGAAAUAGAAAAGAUGGAAUUAUUUUAGGAAUUUUAUGAUAAGUUUUAUUAAAAUGAUUUUACUUAGAGUAAAAUGUAUUUAGAAUCAAGAGCAAUGGAUUUUAGAAAAAAAUUAGAAGAGUUUACAGAAUUAUUUAGUGAUGAUUUCCAAAAGAUUUUAGAUGUCACUAAAUAAUUAAUGUUAAAGGCUAAAUAAUCAUUAAAUAAUUUAAGAUUAUUAAUUUAACCUGAAACAGAUUAAGCUAUAUGUAUUUAUUAUAUAUUAAUAUAGAUUCUUACAAUAUUUAAAAAUAAAGAUAUGAUUUAUUAAGAGAAAAGGAAGUGUUCUUGAAAUAGUAGAUUUUAUAUAAUGAUGAAGCAUUCUAAAUAGAAUAGACAUAACAUAUAUAAUUGAGAGAUAGUGUAGAUAAAUUGAUAGCUGAAUAAGAGGUUGGGUAAAUAUUGAUUAAAAGAAUAAAUUAGAGAUGUUAUAUAAAGAAUUGAGUGAU